AUGCGGGCCAGUUUUUUGCUGUGGAUCCCGGUUUUACUACUGGGAGCUGAGGCAUUCCGGGAGAUUCCGAUUGAAGAGUAUGAACGUACCUGUUUUAAUGAUGGUGUCUACGUAAAUGGAACACUCUGCCAAUGCCAACCGUAUUUCACCGGAGACAAUUGCGCGAAUCGACUCUGCAUCAAUGGAGGGCAUAAUGCACAGUUGAACGACUUCAAGACGAGAUGCGUUUGCCCGCCAGGGUUCCAGGGGACACACUGUGAACCGCAACCCUGCCGCGGUGACGUCUCGUCGACCCAGACGUUUUCCCCUCCCAACUCGAAGCGGAGCGCCUCGUUCUAUUUUACCCUCAGCAAGGGGAUGAACGCGAAAUUGGAGAAUGACAAUAUUCUGGACGCCAUCUGCAAUUUAUUCGAUUCUCCCUACGGAAUUUCUGAGCUCAACUUGCUGAAUACCGAAGUCUCCACCUUCAGAAUUGCCAACAAAGCAGCGUGUCAAGCUGCGACGAAGUAUCUGCAUCAAUGGUGUGCCGUCGAUGAUGACGAAUGUCCAGAGAGCGUCAUCCCCGCUACAGCCUUGCUGAAUGCCAUUCGCGGAUCGCUGCCCCACUCACCGAUCUUCAUCAUCACCAACGUAAAAUCAUCUAUUUUCGCCGACGAUAAUGACCGGAAGACCAUUUUACAAUUGGCAACCAGCCUGAGGAUUACGCUCAACCCCUUGCUCUUCGCGCCCGAUGGAACAAACCAUCCGUGGAUCUACGAUGACCCGGGAUAUAAGGAUUAUUCUGAUUUGGCCGAGGCGACUGGAGGUCUUUAUUUGACGCCGUAUGACACGAGUGGAGAUCGCACCCUUGGCGACAAGAAUAUUACUGAUGCAAUGUUUCAAGCGUUCACCCUCUCCACCAGCUACAACCGUAUCGAGCAAGACCCGAAUAAUCGGUUAACAUUCGAUUUAUAUUCUGCGGAUACGAGUUUCUACUUCUACUUUCGAGAACCGGAGGCUCCGAGUAAUUUUGACACCAGAGCUGACGGAGCGAGAUGUCUGUAUCCAUCUAUUGUUGCCCAAAUCCAGGGUUGUACGGAGGGGACUGUCACUUGGGUCAAGGUUUCCGAUCAAGACGACGCUGCGCCCAGCCAAGGAAUUUUGCCGUUGUACUGUGGAGCUGCUAUUUAUGUAUCGAGCAAUGGCGCCGAAAAACUGCAAGUUGAGCCGGAAGAGGAGGAGGCAAAAAUCGACAGCCCAAUCGUGGAUGCCGGCAAGUGCCUCCCUGCCUCGCCGAACUACCUGAACAACGAUCAAUUCGUGCUUGGACUCGUCAUCGAUAAUGACCCGGCUAUUACUGAACAGCUUUUGCAAAACCCCGGAAAUAUUUUCGAGACGCUCGUCCCAAUGUGGCCCAAGGACGGGGCCGCGGUCACGAGUAUGGUUGGGGAUGCCAGUUUCACCACACGAGCCGCGAAGACCCUCCAAGAGGCCAUCCAAAAUGUGAUGAACAAUAUUGCAACGACAACCACGACAGAACCCCAUUUCGCGAAUGCCCUACAAGGAAUUUCCAACGUUGCCGCUUCUCCCCUCAAGACAUAUUUCGAUCUGUUCGUCAUCGCCAAAAGCACUUCCGCUUUUACCUUGAACGCCAAGCAGCAGUUUGACGCCUUGGCUGCGCUGUACAAGAGGAGGAUUAGGGUAAAUUGGCUAUGGGUACGACAGGAGGAUCCUGUCCCAACCACUGAUCAACCGUUCGAUACCUUCUCCCGAAGAAUCGCUGCGGCAACCGGCGGAAUUUCGCAUGUAUUUGAUGAUGUUCCUGCAUUCUUCGCCAACUUCAAAUACCUAUUUGGAAAUGAGCUGGCGUACAGUCAAGAAUGGAUCCAUCCCCUACCCGGUUUUAUUGGCAGGAAUCUGGUGAUUGGGCAGAACGAGACGCUGUAUUUUGUUGUCGAAGGACCGCCUAGCAACGAAACGAUCCUUGGACUCCCCGGAAAUCCGGCCGCGUCACCAGAUUACUCAACAAAUGAUACGUCCGGCCAGCAAAUUAGCGUCUUCAAGUAUUUUUCCGAAAAAGCUGAUCAAUUCAGUUACCGGCUACAGAUCGACGGUGGCAUUGGGCCGACAUCUUUCCGAAUCUAUGGAACACACAAAAUCCAGGCGUCCAUUGCAUUUUCCGACACGCAGAGCAACGGCAAUGAUCUUUAUGGGCCCAUUUUUGGCGAGCCCGUCGAGUAUCCCGUAUUUGCGACUGUGAUGGGCUUCGGGGGCAUCGAAGGCGUUGCCAUCUAUCAGCAGGACGACCUGUCGCUAUCCCAGCUCGACGUCGGUAAUCCGAAACCGUUAAACAGCAACUGUACAGUACUCCCGUUUCCAUAUUAUUUGAAUUACAACUGGAUCUGCGCGAUCCCAAAUCAGCUGUACCAUGUUCAGAUGAGCAUCAACGCGUCGUCAGACCCUGGAGCCUUGCUCCGAACUUUCUCAUUUGUAUGCAACUCUGAUAGCGACGCCCCGGGAGCGCAAUGCGGAGCACAUGGAAAAGCGUACAAAGACACGUGUGCAUGUAACGCUGGUUGGACUGGGACAACUUGUACCACGCCUGUUUGCCAGAAUGGAGGUAAUGUAACCAGUGGCCAGACCUGCAUAUGCCCGAACAGCACCAGUGGAUUCUUCUGCGAGUACUUGAUUGGCUAUGAUUGUAUCCCGGAAUCUGAACUUAAUCUCCCCGAAUAUCGGUCGAACAUUGGCUCGUUGAUUUUCGUGGUGGAGGAGAACGAUGAACUGAAGGCCAUCAUCGAGGGCUGGACGGCCCUACUGGCCGACAAAACCGGAACUGACCUCAACACCAUGUUCCAAUCCGUGCAGAUCAUCGUCGUCACAUACAGCGAUGCGAAUGGGGUGAAGACCCGUCUCGUCACAAAUGAUCCAAAAUGGCUUGCACAAUCGUUUGGUGUUAGCAACGAUUGGGGGCAAUCAGACGGAGAUUACACCGAAUAUGCUCUCAUUGAAGCCCUCGAUCACCAGACAACAGACCGUUCUCUACUUUUGUGGAUUUCAUCGACCAUCUGGGACGGAGAAGGCGGACCGGAUACUACGCUGCAAAAGGCGCUCUAUAGGAAGAUUGCUGACAAGAGAGCUGAUGUUCGGAUCUAUUCUGCAGUAAAUAAUGGAAAUGAAGAUCCGCUGAUCCAGAGGUUGGCCAUGAUGUCGGCUACCGUCCCUGUCAUGUUGAGGAAUGCCGCCGAUUUGAAUAAUACGUUGCCAAAGAACGGGCAGUUCGGUCCGAUCCUGACUACGCUCGACUACAGUGCCGAUUGUGCCAACAUUUCUACGGACAUUUACAUCCCUGACGAUGACGGCACGAUCACGUUCAUCACUUUUCAAGGGUUUCCGCGACCGGUGGUGACUGACAAGUCCGGCACCGCAGUGGAACUGUUUCCUGUCACCGACUUACCCACGCAGAUCGACUACAUCAAGGCCACCGGGGUGCUCACAUUCCAAUUCAUGGGGCCCGGCCGA